UGCCUUGGCUCUGUCCCCUGCACCUCUUUACAGACAAAGGAGGCCCUCCAUCAGCACUCAGUCUCUCCACGAGUCCAGCACAAGAAGCUCCAAGAUGCCGGACACAAUGUGUGUAAGAUUGUUCGAAAAGCUUUUCCAAAGCUCUCCUCCAUCUUUCCAUCCAAACCUCUGAAAUGUAAAACCUAGUAAGGUCACACACACAUAGUGGCCAGACUACUUGAAUUGGGGUCAGUAAUAGCCUCUGCACUUCAGAGUGUUAUUCAACCCGCUGUGUAGAAAUGGGAAAACCUGUCUGCUUUGGUUUUCUUCCAUCCAUCAAUCUGUCUGUCCAGCUAUCACUUUGUCUUGGAGGUGGCUUCACCCCGAGUUGCUAUGUGACCGCACAUGCAGCCGGGGCUGGAGCGGGCAUCUUAUGACGGAGUCUGACCCCUGUGACCUGAUUGCCUCUUCCAGCAUGUCCAAGGAGCCCAGUUCCAACCUGGAGAGUGCCAUGCAGAUGCUCAUAAAGACCUUCCACAAGUACUCGGGCAAGGAAGGCGACAAGUACACUCUGAGCAGGGGUGAGCUGAAGGAGCUGCUACUAGAGGAGCUGGGGAGCUACUUAGGGAGCUCCAAAGAUAAUGAAGCAGUCGAGAAGGUGAUGAACGACUUGGACGCCAACAACGACGGGGAGGUAGACUUCACCGAGUUCAUCAUCCUGAUGGGCGCCCUCACGGUCGCCUGCAACGACUUCUUCCUGGAGUUCAAAACAGAUGAAAAACCAAAAGACGGAAGCUCAGGCGAGUCGGCGGAGAAGAAAGAGUGAAUCAGUGCAAGAGAAUGAAGAGGGGGGGAGAGAGGAGGAGGAGGAGGAGCA